AUGAAGUUCUCGAGCACGUUGCAGACUACGGUCGUCUGGCUUGUGACCGGGAGCAUCUCACACGUCCAUGCGACCCCGGCGACCCUCCGCGCCCGCAACUGCACGACCCCGAGCAACACCACGGCGCCGGUGCUGCUCCGUCACUGGCCACCGGCUGCCGCCGCAGCACUUGGCGCCAUGAUCACUCGGAACGCACACCAGGGGAACUAUGCCGUGUUCGAUAUGGACAACACCUCGUACCGGUACGACCUGGAGGAGUCGCUGAUCCCGUACCUGGAGAGUCUAGGCGUGCUUACACGCGAUAUGCUCGAUCCGUCUCUGCGCCUGAUCCCCUUCAAGGACACGGCUAACUACACUGAGUCGCUGUACAGCUACUAUUUGCGGCUCUGCGACAUGGAUGACCUUCUGUGCUACCCCUGGGCCGCGCAGGUGUGGAGCGGCUUGACGCUGCGCGAGCUCAAGGGCCACGUCGAUGAUCUCAUGGCGCUCAACACAACCAUCCCGGUGCACUACUGGAGCGGCGACGCCGUCGUCGACGACAGUGUUUCGCCGCCGCGCGUAUUCCGUGCCCAAGCUGAACUGUACAACGUCCUCAUGGCCCAUGGCAUCGCCGUCUACGUUGUGUCGGCCGCUUCCGAGGAGCUGGUGCGCUUCGUGGCCAGCGACCCGCGCUACGGGUACAACGUGCCGCCGCAAAAUGUGCUGGGCGUCAGCUCUUUCCUGCGCAACUCGACGGACGGGUCCUUAACCACAGCGCGCCGGCAGGUCGCCGAUGGCACCUACGACCCGGACCGCAAUCUCGACCUCGUCUUCGGGCCAUACCUCAAUACGCCCGCCACCUGGUUCGCUGGCAAGUGGGCUGCUAUCCUCACCUACAUUGACGAGUGGAAGCGCCCCGUCCUCGCCGCCGGUGAUACUCCUGGCAGCGACACCUACAUGCUGUUCCACGGCGUCGACGUCGCCAAGGGCGGUAUUCACCUCUGGGUUAACCGCAAAGACGCAUACUUUGACGAGCUCCAGGACAUGAUUGCCCAAGCCGCUCGCGGACAGGCUGAGAACGGCCGCGAGGUUACGGCCGACAAGAACUGGGUCGUUGUAAAGCCUGCGGAUAUUCUGUAA